AUGGCUAUGUCAAAAUCGACGAAUACAUAUAAUCGUCAAAAUUGGGAAGAUUCGGAUUUCCCGAUUUUGUGCCAGACAUGUCUUGGAGACAACCCUUAUAUUCGUAUGACUAAAGAGAAGUAUGGUAAAGAAUGCAAAAUUUGCAUACGCCCAUUCACUGUUUUCCGUUGGUGUCCUGGGGCUAAAAUGCGUUUUAAGAAGACAGAAAUCUGUCAAACAUGCUCUAAACUAAAAAAUGUUUGUCAAACAUGCCUUCUUGAUUUAGAGUAUGGUCUACCUAUACAAGUGAGAGAUGCUGCUCUAAAAAUUCAAGAUGAUCUACCUCAAAAUGAAGUAAAUAAGGAGUAUUAUAUUCAAAACUUAGAUAGUCAAAUGUCUAAGUUUGAUCCAACACAACCUAGCAAUUCUGCUUUAAAAUCGAAAGGUGCUUCUGACAUGUUGCUAAGGCUAGCACGGACUGCACCAUAUUAUAAAAGGAAUAGGCCACAUGUAUGUUCAUUUUGGGUAAAAGGAGAAUGUAGGAGGGGAGAAGAGUGUCCAUAUCGUCAUGAAAAACCGACAGACCCUGAUGAUCCUCUUGCUGAUCAGAAUAUUAAGGAUAGAUACUAUGGUGUCAAUGAUCCUGUAGCUGAGAAAUUGAUGAGACGUGCAGCUGCUAUGCCAGCCCUACCACCACCUGAAGAUAGAACAGUAACAACUCUGUAUAUUGGGAAUUUACCUGAUAAUAUGACUGAAGAUGAAUUAAGAGGCCAUUUUUAUCAAUAUGGAGAAAUCAGGCAACUGACAUUGGUACCAAGAGCCCAAUGUGCCUUUGUACAAUACACAACAAGAAGUUCGGCAGAACAUGCUGCUGAUAAGACAUUCAACAAGUUAGUGCUUGGAGGCAAAAGACUGACUAUUAAGUGGGGAAAAUCACAAGGACGUCAAGGCAUUAGUGACAAGGCUGACACAAUGCUCCCACUUGAACCAGUUCCUGGUUUGCCAGGAACAUUGCCUCCACCACCUGCAUACUUACAUCCAUUCCCACCACAGAUGCCACCGCCGAAUCGCCCCAACGACUUCUUCAAUUUACAUCACUAUGGUGGCCCGUGGGGUGGGUGGGGUGGUCCGCCACCGCUACCACCAGGGCCACCAGGCAUGCCUCCAGGGCCACCCGGUAUGCCUCCUGGUCUUCCACCGGGUCCACCUGGCAUGGCUCCAGGGCUCCCAGCUCCUCCGCCUCCGGGACCACCACUACCUCUACAUUACCCCAGUCAAGACCCUGCGCGUCUAGGUGCGCACGCGCAUGCCUCAGCGCCGCAAACUUAG